GAACUACUUCUACACUUGCAAAACAGAGAAACAAACCACAAGGACCUACUUCUACACUUGCAAAACAGAGAAACCAACACAAGGACCUACUUCUACACUUGCAAAACAGAGAAACAAACCACAAGGACCUACUUCUACACUUUCAAAACAGAGAAACAAACCACAAGGAAAGACUUCUACACUUGCAAAACAGACAAACCAACGACAGGGAAAGAAUUCUACACUUGCAAAACAGAGAAACAAACCACAAGGAAAGACUGCUACACUUGCAAAACAGAGAAACCAACGACAGGGAAAGACUUCUACACUUGCAAAACAGAGAAACCAACCACAAGGAAAGACUUCUACACUUGCAAAACAGACAAACCAAUACAGGGAAAGACUUCUACACUUGCAAAACAGAGAAACAAACCACAAGGAAAGACUGCUACACUUGCAAAACAGAGAAACAAACCACAAGGACCUACUUCUACACUUGCAAAACAGAGAAACCAACCACAAGGAAAGACUUCUUCACUUGCAAAACAGAGAAACCAGCCACAAGGAAAGACUUCUACACUUGCAAAACAGAGAAACAAACCACAAGGACCUACUUCUACACUUGUAAAACAGAGAAACCAACCACAAGAACCUACUUCUACACAGGCAAAACAGAAAAACCAGCCACAAGGAACUAUUUCUACAAUGGCAAAAUAG